AUGGAAGACGGGAAAAAUUAUGACAUUCUUCGGCCUCCACAUAUGAUCUAUCGAAAGUUGGCCAGCCAGAUGUCUGUGAUUUCCUCAGGAGGUGGGCUACCCUCUUUUCUUGCCGAAUACUUUGCUCAAUUGGUUGAAAAUCAGCUCAUCAUUGCGUGCUCCGAAGUUUUACUCGAAGUCUGCAGUGGUCGCAGUACAAUCGAGUCUCUCGCCUUUCACGUAAAUCAAUUUCUUGAGGCGUUUGCAACCACCUGCUUCCACAUCAAACGAAUUAUACGCAACCGUUUGGGUGAAGACGAAGUCACACAGAUCCUUACGCGUAUCGUCAAGGGGGACGGAGAUGAAGUGUAUCGUCUUGAAGGGCUAUUGGAGCCAAAUCUGGCACGAUUCCUCAUCAGUGUACUUCGCACUCUGUAUGGGAGGGUGGUGAGGGCAAUUUUAGUUUACGCGUUGGUUUCCAGCAGCUCAGAAGAACUGGACUCCCUCCUGCAAGAAAUUCUUAGCCUCAAUGAACCAUUAAUCUCGAAGCCGCUCAUUGAGGCGUGGAUCACGCUGACCGAUCUCAUCUUUCUUUUGGCAGAAGACUUACGCAUUGAUGAAAACAUCGACAACAUUCAGAGUAUCUUGAGACAAACCAAGUUUUUCAUUGAAGCAGGCUGCAAAGGCGUUAUCACUAUUCCGUCAGCCCCCUCCCAUUCAGAUCAACAAAAGCGGCUAGUGAAAGGUGGUCUCAAGCCUAUUAGAACUCGCACGUCAUCAGUCUCUGCAUCUUCAAAAAGUUCGAUUAAAUCGGCACUAACUGGAGGUCAAACUAAGUCUCCUGCACAGAAGUUAAAUCCUAGGCAGAAACCUUCCAUUCGGGACUUCCGUUUUAUGUUAAACCGCAUGUCACGAGUGCCUGCCAUACGAAGCAACUCGGAUGAGAGCUUGCAGAAGGACUUUUUGAAUCGCGAGUCCGAAUUCUUUUCAGCACAGCGAGGGGCUACGAAUAUGGACAUAAAGGCGGAAUCAGAGUCGGAAAAUGAUUCAGAUGACAGUUUUGCGUUCUCUUCUAUAACUGGUAUCUUCAGUCGUGGAAAAUAUAAGUUGGCUGAAAUUGAGUCGCCAGCUGAGUUGCUAACAAAGCAAAUCAAGAUAGCUAACCGUGAAGUCCCGACGCAAAAUUUUAUUGAGCCGGAGCAAAUGGAGUUGGUGGAGGAUAGUUGGAGAAUCUUGGCUGAACUUCAAGGUAUACAGAAGCUAAUUGGCUCAAAGGAUUGGGAUGACAAGGUAGCUACUGCUCUGUCCAAGGAUCUCUACUGCUCGGAUGACAAGGUAGCUACUGCUCUGUCCAAGGAUCUCUACUGCUCGGUAAGAUGUCAUCAGCGAAAUGUGGGCCAGUGA